GCCACCAAAGCUGCCUAGCCAGCCUACUAGACUUUUCAACAAAUUAACUCUUGCGCUCACAGGAACUCUCGCUCCAUAGAUAACGGCGUCGGCGGCCAGCUCGCGAGGCAGCACAACUCCAGAACCAUGCAGACGCAGUCCCGUCUCAUCAUGAACCCCAACGGCGGCGUCGCCGGCUACGAGUCCGCGGCGGCCGACGAGCAGCACGAGGCGGUGCUGAGGGAGCUGACGCACGGGCACCAGCUGACGGCGCACCUGCAGGCGGAGGCGCUGGGGGCGCUGCGCGGCCAGGGCCAGGCCGAGGCCACCGCCGCAUUCAUCCUGCAGGAGGUGUCCCGCGCCUUCUCCGUCUGCAUCAACAUCAUGGGCGGCUCCGCCCCGGCCGCGACCCCGACCACGCCGCCACCGGAAGAGGCGGCCGUCGUUGCCACCGGCGCCGCGAGCGCGCGCCGUCCUAGAGAUGACGGCGUCCCUAGAAAAGUAACAGUGACUUCCUCGCCGUACUCCGACGGGUACCAAUGGAGGAAAUACGGCCAGAAGAGGAUCAUGAGGACAAGCUUCCCAAGGUGCUACUACCGAUGCUGCUACCAUCGCGAGCGCAGCUGCCCGGCCACGAAGCUCGUGCAGCAGCAGCCGCAGCAGCAGCACAGCGACGGCGACCAGACGAUGUACACCGUCACCUACGUCCACGAGCACACGUGCCACAACAUGGCGCCGGCCGAGCCCGAGGCGGCGGCACGUAGCUCCACGCCCGACCCGCUCGGCUUCUCAGCCGGGAUGCAGCCGAGGCAGCAGCAGCGGGGCGGCGCCGGCCUGGACCGCGGCUCCAAGGAGGAGCUCGAGCGGCAGGCGCUCGUGUCAUCCCUCGCCUGCGUGCUGCAGGGCCACCACCAGAGCUACCCCGGGUCCGGGGCCGGCACGCCGGACGGAUCGCCCUCGCAGGGCCGCGCCGGCGACGGCCCGUCUGCGUCCGGCCUUUCGCUCGAUACGUCUGACGACUUGGGGUUGGACAUCAUGGACUACGGCGUGACGGACGCGCUGUAUUUCGCUGCGUCCUCAUCGUAUGGCCCAGGCGGCGACGGCAUGAUUCCUUGAGGGGCAGCGUGACUGAUCGUGUCGAUGAUAUGUAGAUUGAGUUUCAGAGAGUCUACAUGAGAAGCGCGAACGCAGCGGUUUUUUCGCGGGUGUUUACGACGACGACACACCCGCUUGUCAGCCUACUUUUUUUUUUUGCUUGUCAGCCUACUUAACUACUCCAGCUAUGUUUGAUGUACGUGUACGUACAGGCCAUAUACAGGUCACCCUGUCCCUAUAUAUACGGUAUUUGUAAGAUGUAAUGUGUGCAACUAAAUCGUCUUACGGUGUGUGCUUCUCCAGUCAAUUUUGAUCAAGCUGGAGCUUUCAACCUGAUGAUUUCCCCGCUUUUGUUUUCUCCCCUUAUUUUCCUCUUUGGUUCAUUUUCCUCAGAGGUGUUCUCAUUUUAUCAAAGGGUCUUCCUCCCUACUACAUUCAGUAAACACUUUAUUAGAGUA